GAGUGUCAAAAGGCUUCAACACAAACUCAAACAACAGUAUGCCACAAACAGAGCGUUCUUUAUACAAAUACUAAGGCGUGAACAUGAGAAAAUUCUGAAGGGUCAAGGAACUGUUCACGAAGCUGCAGAUGAUGAUGAGAUUAUGCACAGUGUGCAAGGAAGUACAUCAAAGUUUGCCCUACACAUGUGUGAUUGCCAAUUUGUGUACUUCCCUUUAAACACUGGUCAACAUUGGGUGUUACUUGUGCUGGACAUCAAGAACAGAAAGGUUAGAGUUUACAACUCUAGUUCUCGAAGGGGAGAUUCACUGAAAGAUAUCCGACCAUUCAUCCCAUGCAUCAAAGUCUUGCUUCCUAAAAUAAUGGACCACUACAAUGUGCAUGCUAAUUCUGGAGAGGAGCCAAUGGGAGGGAAAGAAUUACAAAUAGAAGCUGUAGAAAGCUGCCCACAACAGACUAACGCGGGGGACUGUGGAAUGUUUGUACUCAAGAUUGCUGAAUUCCUAAUCAUGGAUAUGGAGCUUGAUGGAAUAGAUGCGGAUGAAAUGCCAAUGUUUAGGCAAAAAAUGGCGACAGAGCUUGUUAUGUACAGUGAAAAGAGAAUGAGUGAGGCUAAAGGAGUGCAGAUGCCAAAGUUUAUAAGGGAAUAAUGAUACAAUGACAAGAUGUGUUUCUGCAUAUGUAGCAAGACAUGUGUCAUUC